GAUUACUUCUCAACAAACAAACAAACAAACAAACAAACAAACUCAAAUCUCCGCAAAGAACCCAGUCCAGCAAAUUACCAAAUCCAUCAUGUCAUCCUCAGGAAUCCCCCAAGGAAACCCCACAGACAACGAUUAUGUCUCCCGCCCUGGCCACAAGCACGAUCCAAUUCAAGUUCAGAGUGACGGAGCUCCUAUCGAAGGGGAAACUGCCGACAAUGUACCUGUCGCCAAAACUAAUAUUAUCGAUGAUAAAACCAGACAUGCUGCUAAGUCUGCUGAGACCUACCGAGAGCCUGGAGAUAAUGAGGGGUUGCCUCAGAAUGAUGGGAGGAGUGCCAUCGCCCAGUAAAUUGGUUGAAUGUCAUCAGGACAAUCUGUGUGAAGGGGCGAAUUAGAUGUAAUUUUGGGGGAUCAUGACAAUGAAACCGAUCUUGAUGGAACCUUUCGCGGACGGAUAUAUUGUUUGUGUUGACGUUAUUCAAAUGUAUAUACAAUAAUCAUGCUGUAACA